AUGUUUAAAAUUACAUAGACUCAAAUUUUGGAAUGGGUGAAAGAUGGCAAUGCUGAAACCCUGAGCACAUUCUUUGAAUAAAGUCUCCAACAAAAUCAGAAUGGAUUGAACUAGUUUUUCAAAAUGGUCGACAAGGAAAAACGAAAUGUAGUCCAUUGGGCAGCUUAUUUGGGGUAAUUGGCAUUGCUAGAGAAAUGGUUGUCGUAGCAUUCAUAAAUUAUUGACCUCAACCAGGUUGAUCUACAUCACUACACUGCCGUGGAACUUGCUAGCAUUAAAGGGUAAGUGAUAUAAUUUCUAUUUAAAGUUUUAUGAAGGAAUAUAAUUCUUAAGUUUAGUUUAAGUUGAUCAAGUUGCUUCUUGAUCAUAAAGCCAAAAUGCCCACUGAUAACAAACACAAAAGAGCCAAUCCAUUGCAUUGGGCAUACUAUUAUGGCAACAUGGAGUUAAUUGAAUUUCUCUUAUCCAAUUACCAGGAUCUACAAUAUCAAUUAGACCAAUUUGAUAUGUAUCCAAUCGAUUACUUGUUUUUGGAGAACAGACCUGAGGAAUAUCAGUAAUAGUUAUAGAAAUUUUAUAUAGAAAAAAAUACAAGGCGAUAUUUGUGAAGACUGUGUAGGAGUACGCCUUUAAGAACGACGGGCAUCAAUUCAAGACCAUCAGGAAUUUGAACACUCAGAGAACCAUUGCUCUAGGAUCCUUGUCACUCAAAUCAAAUAAUCUGGAAAACCCAGUUAUGAUCAAUGAUUAAAAUUAGAAUUAGCUCCAAUUGAAAGAGCCAGCAAAUGAGUUGGAAAGCAUAGAUUAAGAAAAAAUUAAUUAGCACUUGCAAUGUGGAUAAACAGCAAUGACCUUAAUGUCAAAAAUACACCAAACUAGUACAACCUAACAAAAGAGAGAUUCAAUCAGUUCCAGGAUUAGUUAAUAAUUCAAAUCCAUCCAAGAGAGAAUGAAGAAGUUACCUAAUAAGUACGUGUAGAAUGAACUGCCUUUUGAAGAUUCUUAACAGGACUUUCACGAGCCAGAGGCAGAGAAGAUUCCAUCGGUAAAAAUUAUCUAACCAACAAACACAAUCUUCACGGAUCCUCAUUAAAACAUUACAGAAAACAUUGAAAAUCCCAUUACUUCUAAGAAUGAGUUAGAGAGUGAUCGAAAUCAAUUUAGAGUCUUGUUAUAAUCAGAUGAUGAAUUUGGUAGACUAUUCAAAUCUAACAACAUACCUUCACGAUCUGAAUAAUCUAAAUGCAUGGUUUCACAAUAUUUAUAAUCAUAAGCUCCUUCUUAAUUUGGAAGACAAUUAUCCCAAGAAAUGCAAAUUUCACAAGAUGACUAUAGACCCUCAAUGAAUGAUAUCAGGCCUUCGAUGAAGGAUAUUCAAAGAGUUAGAUCUGUGAGGCCUUCAUUGAAAAGACCUGGAUAGAAGUUGAUAACAAGGAAAAGUACGACCUUUAAUGAGACCUACACUAUCUACCAUUACGCGAAUAGCCAGACAAAGAAACAGUUAUUUGAAUGCAGAUUGCAGUUUUGGUCAGCCAGAAUUGAAUCAACAGAAUUCUUCAGUUAUUUUUUGAAACAGAAAUGCAACCCGUUUUUAAUUCAAUAUCAAGGAUUCAAUUGUCUCCACAUUGCCGCCAACAAAGGGAAGUAUGAGAUUCUAAAAUAAAUCUUGGAAAGUGAAUACGAGUAUCAAGAAUUGAAAGACCUUUUGACAUUGCAUAGAUCAAUUACUGUAGGACAGUUCUCCAAGACAUAUAUUAAAAAGGAUAUAUUUAACAAGGUAAAUGUCAAUUUAACUCUAAUAGGUCGAAGCAUUUAAUAUGAUGACUGAAUAGAACCCUUCUAAUGCAUUGCAUUUGGCUAUAGAGAUCAAUAAUUUCAAGUGCAUGAAAAUCUUAGUAGAACACGGUGUUUCUAUGGAUGUAUUGAAUCAUCGAUGUUUGAUGCCGAUAGAACUGACAUUCGAUGAAAAAAUGGUGAAGUACUAUGAGAAUCACUAUCUAAAAGGGAAGGAACAGAGUUUUAAUCUGAUGGGGUACAUGUAUGUGAUUUAGACUUCUGGGAAUCAAGACAUAUGCUAGGAUAUUGUAUUGUUGUAAUUAUAGAAUAUCAGACAGUCAUUCUAGUAAAGAAAUAUGGAAUUUGAAUUUCUCAUAAUCAACACUCCUAAUUAUAAGUAUAUGUAAAAUGGAAAAGAACAUUGUGUGAAGCAUCACUAUUAUGUGGUCAAAUUGUCAGCAGAUACGAUCUACAAGUUGGCAGAUAUCUAUUAGAUUGAAUGCUAUCAUUUUACAAAGAAGGUAAUAAUAAUUGUCAUAUUGUAGCAUUUGACUAAAUUUAAGUAUGGAGAUUAUGGUCAUUUUGAGUUCCCAAAACCAUUGUAAAUUCAAUAGCUAAUCAUUAAUGUGUUAAAUGAGGAAUUUGAUUUGGAUAAGUUUGUUUUGGAAGGGUUGGUGAUUUCCCAUUUUCCUUUGGAGGACAGUUCUAAGUCAUUAAAAGUCAAUGAAAUGUGGAAGGAUCUUUAAUACAAUUGUAUUCGAGAUACUAUCAGAAUAAAGACUCAUUAGAUCGCCUUGAGACCCUUGAAUUCAAUAGCAUCAUACUACGGCCCUGUUAUUGCUUGGUAUAUAGCCUUUAAUGUGUAAAUAGUAGGAUGGUUGAUUAUACCAGCAUUGGUUGGGUCAGCAAUCCAGUUAUAUCAAUUGAUAGCUGAUAAAAUGCAGUAAGAUAUCAACAUAUCAAAAGCGCUGCGAUUCUGCCCUCUUAUGCUUUGUUCAUGUCUUUAUGGGCUACUCUAUUUAUGGAGAAGUGGAAGAACAGAGAAUCUGAACUGAAAUACAUUUGGGAUAUGCAUAAGUUUAGACAGCAGGAGCCUCAGAGAGUCAUGUAUACAGGACUUUACACAGUUGAACCAUGCACAAGCAAAAUAGAAGUGUACGACUCAUUUACAACAUUCAAGAGGAGAAUGAUAGCUGAGUUCCCUGUAAUAUUGUUGGGGUUUUCAAUAAUUUUGGUGAGUUUUUUGGCAUUCAAUCAAUGGCAGGGGUAGUAGGAUCCUUAAAGUGUGUAUAUGCCCAUAAUAAUUAACUCAUUGAAUGGGGUGAGUAUGACUGUUUUAUGUGAUUUAUAUAAGCGACUUUGCAAGUAUGUGGUGAAUUGGGAGAAUCAUAGAUUUAAUUCUGAGAUGUAGCAUUCAUAUGUUUUAAAAGUAUUUCUGUUUGAAUUUUUGAUAUCUUACAUUUCAGUAGUGUAUGCUGUGUUGUUUAAAACGGAUCAGACAUAAUUAGCAUUAUCAGUGGCGAGUAUAAUUAUUACAAGAGGUUUGAUUUCUAAUUUAUAAAGUAAUUGUCUACCCUAUCUAUUAUAUAAAUAUUUGAAGUGGGGUUUGAGGGAUCAGUUUGAAACUUUUUAGGUUUUCAAGGAACAAUUCAAGAUUUGCGAUAUGUAGUAUGUGAAGGAGAAAUUGAAAUAGGCUCAGUAGAUUGAAUUCAUGAAGUUGAUGGAGGACAGCAAUAACAAACAGCCACAGAAGGACUUGUAUGAGGAGUAUACGGAUAUUGCUAUUCAAUUUGGGUACACGACUAUGUUUUCGCCUGCAUUUGCUGCUGCCCCUUUAUUUUUCCUGUUGAACCAAUUUAUUAAUUUGCAAUUUUCGAUAUCAAAUUAUCAGAGAGUGCUAAAACGAGAAGUAAGAUUUUUAAAUACUAAAGAGAGCAUAAGCUGCUGACUCGAUUGGCAUUUGGUUGUCCAUUUUUGAAUUAAUGAAUUACUGUUCUACCUUUAUGAAUUGCCUCGUCAUAGGGAUAGUGAAUAAGGCUGAGUUUGAAGGGUUGAUAGGGGACAGCAAUCCACUGAUAUAGGUGUUGGUGUUGGCAGCCAUUGAACACAUACUAUUAUUGAUAAAAUACUUAUUAGGGAUAAUGAUUCCGGAUUGUCCAUAUUGGGUUUCAAAGGAGUUGAGAAAGUAUGCAUAUUUUGAGGGAUAGAGUGCUAAAAUUCAUGAUGAUAGUGAGAUUAUUUUUUGA